AUGGAACGUGUUCUGGAUGAUGGGCGCUGGGCGUAUGAGAAUGCAACCCUAGUUUGUAAGCAAGUCAUUGAUGGUAAGCUACCAGAGGAUGUGGUUUUGGAUACGGUUGAUAUGUGGUUACAGGUACAUGGGUUGCUUACGGGACAUACUUCGGACAAGAUUCUUGAGCAAAUUGGUAACUAUCUUGGCACUUUUGUUAAAUGUGAUGACCGUUUUGUGAUUGUGCCGUGGAAAGCUUUCUAUCGUAUUCGGGUGGCUAUCCCUGUGGACAAACCUAUCAAGAGGCGUAUGAAUUUUGUUAAACGUGACAAGUCUACAUGCUGGGUCUCGUUCAAAUAUGAGCGUUUACACAAUUUCUGCUUUUAUUGCGGACUCUUGGGGCAUUUAUACAAAUUCUGUAUUCAUGCACGGAAUGCUACUCUUUCGGUAGAGCAAUAUCCUUUUUCAGUAGAUUUAAGGGCAGGGUUGAGGAGAGGACCGAGAGCUGUUGGGGAAGGGUGGUUGGUGCCGGCUGAAGGAAAGGGAGUUGAGGUUAGCGGUGGAGUGCGGGAAAUAUCCCGUGAGGUACUUGAACCGGGCCGUGAGAUUGAGGGUACGGUUGCGGCGGUUGCAAAACGCCAGCGAGAGGGGGACGGUGGUGUGUUGAGGAGGGAAGGUAGUGAUGUUAUGGUGACUGAUCUUUCAAAAAACUUGUUUACGGCGGGUGCUGGUUCCCAGUCCCGCCCAUCAUCAUGA